UUGUUAUAAAAGUUUUUUGGACUUGUUUUCGGGUUUUAUAUAUGGCACAUAAUCAUAUGGUAUCCACUCUUUAACAUAAUUGCUCGCUUGCUGUCUGUUACCAAAAUGAUUUUUUUUUAAUUUUACGCAUUAAUUAUUAGGUAUAGGGGCUGAGCCUAAUAUGUAUACAUAAUACAGACUUAGCAGAUCCGUCUCUAUCAGUCAAUGGGGAGUUACCAAGUUAAACGUGUUUUUCUAAUGUUAUUAUGUAUUGGAGAGAGGGAGAGAAUGCGAGCCCUAAGUCAAACAAAAACAGUACUAGCAUGGAUUGGCACCUAAUUGUGAAACACGUGAAUCAAAAAGCUAGCUUGCCAUUUCCAGAGUAGGCCUCUGUCCACCACGUCUGCAAUUAGCAUAAUUUUUCACUAGUGACGCUGUUUGAAGACGGAUUAACACUCGGUGGCUUGCCCGGCACUCUAAAGCGAGCAUUUAUUUUAAAAUGUCGAAACGGAAAUUGUAUUCACAAUUUUUUUCACGGGGAUGAAAAUAUUAAAACCCGUUAAGGUGCAAUGUGGAUUAUAAUGUUAGGCUUUGUGCUGUGAAGGAAAAAAACAGAGGCCAUUGUUAUCAGUGAGCAGGGCGUACCAGUCUACAGGGCAGCUAGAAUCUCAGGGUUUGUCCAUUCAAAGCCCCGGUUCUCUUCAGAUCUUGGAAGCUAUAACAUCUUGUCUUUCCAAACGGAGCGAAAUUAAGCAGCCAUACCCAAGGCUCCGGCCAACUCUGGCGUCGCGCGGAUUUUUCUCGCAUCUAUGUUCAUGUAUUCCAUAACAAUUUUAAAGGAGGGGAGAACUCUCGCUUAUUGAUUGCAGCGAAGCUGGAUGUGAAAAUAUAUUAUGUCUUCCUGCGCUUUGCUCGUCAGAGGCUAAGGUCAUCUUCCAAGAGGCAAUUGGAAAGGAGCUGUCACGUGACCUCGGGUGCCAAUGUUCUUCCAGAAGGUCGCUAGGACCCUGGUAGCCGGUGUAACUAUUUUCAGGAAACUCGGAGAUGCAGAAGACCACUUACUACGACAACUCGACAAUAUUUGGAGGUUAUUCGUAUCAAGGGGCAAAUGGCUUUGGCUAUGAUGCCCCACAACAACCUUACCAACCUUCUUCCCACCUGGAUACCGACUACCAGAGGUCUGCCUGCUCUCUCCAGUCUCUAGGCAACAGCACCCCGCAACAUGCAAAAUCAAAAGAGUUGAACGGAAGCUGCAUGCGCCCCAGUUUGCCACCUGAGCACCAUCAGGCCCCUCCCCUCUCGCCGUCCCAGAACCCCACUAACAACACGAACAGCAGUUCAGCGCAGCAGCCGGGAAAUAGCAGUAAAACCGCUUCAUCAAAGUCAUCCUCUCUCCCUCCCAACUCCAACCUAACAAAGCAAAUUUUUCCUUGGAUGAAGGAGUCUCGGCAAAAUUCUAAACAGAAAAACAGCUCCCCAAGCACAGCGGAGAGCUGCAGCGGCGACAAAAGCCCUCCGGGUUCUUCAGCUUCCAAGAGAGCACGUACAGCCUACACGAGCGCACAGCUGGUUGAACUGGAAAAAGAAUUCCACUUCAACCGGUAUCUGUGUAGACCACGACGGGUCGAGAUGGCCAACCUUCUCAAUCUAAGUGAACGCCAGAUCAAAAUAUGGUUUCAGAACAGGAGGAUGAAGUACAAGAAGGAUCAAAAAUUAAAAGGAAUGGGUUCUUCCUCUGGAGGGCCCUCCCCAACAGGAAGUCCACCUUUGCCAAUGCAGUCCUCAGCUGGUUUUAUGAACUCAAUGCACUCUAUGACUAGUAACUAUGAUACUCCCUCUCCACCUUCUUUUAGCAAGCCUCAUCAGAAUGCCUAUGCCAUGUCAACCACGUACCAAAACCCCAUGAAAAGUUGUCCUUCCCAGCAAAAGUAUGGUAGCACAGCACCAGAAUAUGAUCCACACGGUUUACAGGGUAACAGUGGCACCUACGGAACUCCUAAUAUCCAAGGCAGCCCCGUGUAUGUUGGAGGAAGCUAUGUGGAUACUAUGCCCACAUCUGGUCCGUCUUUGUAUGGCCUCAAUCACUUGUCCCACCACCAGUCUAAUAAUAUGGACUAUAAUGGUGCCCCACAGAUGCAAGCCAGCCAGCACCAUGGACCUUGUGAUCCUCAUCCAACAUACACAGACCUAUCUACACAUCAUCCUUCUCAGGGCAGAAUCCAGGAAGCGCCCAAGCUAACUCAUCUGUAGCAGGUCUGAAAAUGAAAUAAGACUAACUGGGGUGCUGCAAUCAGAUAACAAAUGGUCUAGUGGCUUUUGUCGUAUCCAAAAACAUCUGUGUUGAUUUGUUUCCACAUUACUUCCACUAGUGUGUGUUAACAAGGGAAGCAUGCAAACCAAAGCUUCUCCUGAACAUAAAAGAAGGGAAAAAAAAAAUCAUCUGAAGUGUGAUGACAUAGAAUUCUGAGUAGCCCUUCUCUUUCAUAUCACUUCACAAGUUCACCUUGCAGUCUUCCGCACACACAUUAGCAGACAUUGUGUGGACUGGAAGACAUGCCAUCAGCACACAUGUUUUAGCACUGUAGGGAGUUGUUUUUUUUUCUUCUUUUUUCAGUUAACUUGCAAAUGUUUUUCUGCACAAAAGGCAGUAUACCAUGACACUUUAAAAAAAAAAAACAACUUUAUCUACUGUCAGUGAAAAAAAAAAGAUUUGCAAAUUUUGUUUACAACAAAACUCAUUGGACAGUUGUAUCAAUUUUUUUUUGUCUGUCUUUUUUUUACAUUACCUCUUUUCCUGAUCAGUGUUACUAAUCCCAUUAUUUUGCUGCUUUUUUUUUUGUAUGCUGAUACACAAACCUAUCACCAUUGCUGAUCAUCAUAAUUUGGAACACUUCUCAAUAAGAAGUCUUUAAAAUGAGAUUAUCUCCAUUUUCUGGAUUUUUUGUUAACUCUGGUUAUGGUAACCUUUGAACAUUUCUCGCCUGGACGACUUCUCACGCUGUAAAGUAUGAAGUCUUCUCAUCUUCGCUCCAUCUUAUGGUUCACUUAUGGUAGGCGCUGCUAACGCUAAAAGCCCACAUUUUUCCUCUCUUGACUUAACGUGAAAACAGGGUAUAUUUGAACAAAUUGUAUGUCCUAGAAAUAAAGCAGAAGUGAAGGCAGUAUGGUAUUUGCUAAUGCUUUUCUUCUUCGGACAUCUUUGUUGCACUUAGAGUUUACAUUUUAAUGAGUGAAUCAUUUUUUUUUUCUUUUAUAAGAAAGCCUCUCCAAUCAGACUAAUCGCGGGGGUCUUUCAGGAUGUGUGUUCUAGUGAACAUUAAUAAAUCUAUAUUUAUUUGUUACAACCAGUUUUAAUAUUUUUGUUAUUUUGUAUUAUUUAUCCCCUUUCAUUAUGUAUUUAUAUAAAGAAAAAAAGCAAAAUUGUACUUUUUUAGUAUCUACCUGUUAUUAAAGACGUUGUGUUCAUGUCAUUGUAAACCAGGUUAUUUUAGUUAAUGUAAUCUAGACAGAUCAGUAGUUUUAUGUUAUCCUUGUACAUAUAAAAAUGUAAUGAGUUAUACUGGAGGCAUGAGGGCCGGAUCAGACUGUUACUGAAGCAUAGUCAUGACUUAGAAAAAAAAAAGUAUAGCUUAAACAAUUUUUGAGAACCUCAUUUGCUCUUUGUAGUUAUUUUUUUUUCUUGCUAAAGAGUUGUCUGUUGAGCAAUUCUUGAAUAAAAUUCCUGUUAUUCAGUUUUA